AUGGUUACUUGCAUAGGGAACUGGAGAUACAAAGAUGAACCUGAAGAUUUGACUGUAGACUCUGAUUACUCAGGACGAGUGAAACAUCAGAUCACAAACACACAUUCAACACUCACAAUAACGGACUUGAGACUGAGAGACUCUGGAGAAUAUCACCUCAUGUUCAUUAAGAAGAAUGGAGUUAAACAUCUCAGCUCAUCAGCAGUCAAUCUGACAGUCACAGUCCUGCAGGUGAAAAUUAAUCCUCAAUCAACAGAGCAGAGAAAUCAGAGAGUACUUGAACUGACCUGUGAUACUUCCUGCACUACCUCAGAAUUACUAAUGGAAACAAAAUGGCAAUAUAUGAAAGAUGUUCAUUCCAGAAGCAUCAAUGUGUCAUCCAGUGUAGAUCCUGUCAGCUAUUCCUGUUUUCUUUCUCCUGACCUUAAAAAUACCUCCUCUCCCAUGUGCAUUUCUAAGAGUAAUUGCUGGAAUGUGAAUUACACCUCUACAAGAGUCUGUGUUUUGGUAGGCUCAACAGUAGACAUUUCCUCUUCAUACUCACAUCCCACUGGUUAUACAGUAAUUCAAACAUUCUGGCAUUACAUUCAGCAUGGAGAUUUCCUGGACCUGCAUAAAGAUUCAGGGUUUGUUGGUCGUGUGGAGUAUGUGGGAAACACACUGAGAAUCAAAGACGUCAAGAUGAGCAACUCUGGAGAAUCAAAUCAAAAUCAAAAUCAAAUCACUUUUAUUGUCACACAACCAUAUACACAAGUGCAAGAAAACUUCUCGCCGGCUGCUAAACACCUUACUGACAUUGGUCCACGUCAUGGUAUGUUGAUUCUCAGAUGUUUAGAACUUCUUUUUAACCCUGAACGAAGAACGAAGGAGAACUUAUUUGGAAAACUGUAUAUUGGGGCCUUUAGUUUUCCCAAGGAUGAUCAAUUUAUGUAUAAUUUAUUUAUAAAUUUACAAAAAAUUGAUUUUCCAACGUUUUCUUGGCUCAUUGCCAGAGAUCAACGCACUGAUCUUUUUCAUCAGAUACACAGAAGACAAGCAGCCCGGCCAUUGUAUGAGAAAGUGACAUUAAGCUGUUCAACCAAAUGCACUCUGAAUAACAAUAAUAUUUACAUCUGGUACAAGAAUGGACAACAGGUAACAGAUGGAUUCACUAUAAGUUGUAUCUGGACUCAAUCAGCAGAGAGGAGCUGCAAGAGCAUUCCUGUGAUGCAGGAGAUCGCAGAGCUUGAGGAACUGAGGAGAGAGAUGGCGGAGAUACAGAGACGGUUUGCAGAACAGGCGGGAGCACUCGAGCAAGCCAGAACUGAACAGAGUGAAGGCCCGUCACUGGCCAGAACUGUAAUCGAAUGUCAAGCUACUGCGCAUUCGACCCCAUCUGCCAUUUAUAUUCCCAGAGACAGAAAACUACCAGAAUUCAGUGGUCGUUCAGACAAGGCAGGAGAGUUAAGCAUCGAAGAAUGGGUUGCAUCAAUGAAAUCAGCCUUCCAAAUGAUGAAAGUACCUGCAGAAGAUCAUGUAGAGUUGGCAAAACAGCAUCUUAAGGAUGAAGCCAAAGCAACUGUGAGGUUCAUGUUGGGUGGUGGUGAAAAGUCUGCUGACGAUAUCUUUGAAGUCUUACUAGACACAUAUGGAGACAAAGUGCCAGUCGGAACCAGACUGAAAGAUUUCUAUGAACGUAAGCAAAUGCAAGGAGAGACAAUACGCUCAUACGCGUAUGACUUACAAGAGAGACUCAGCCGAGUUCAGCGCAGAGAGCCAAACCGAGUGCCAGAUGCCGAAAGUGUGUUAAAAGAACAACUUGCUCUGGGCCUUCGAGAUGAUUUUCUAAGGCGUGUAAUGAAAAGGCGAAUUAAAGAGGACGCAAAUUUGACUUUUGUUCAGGUAAUGCAAGCUGCAAUCACCUGGUCCGAAGAAGAGGAGACACAAGUGCAAAAUUAUCCAAAACCCAGUACCCGCGUUAGAGUAGUUAAUGCUGAUGCAGAGCAAACUUCCUCUACGCUAACCCUAGAAAAACUGCAUGCAGCUAUACAAAAGAUUGCAGCCCAUCAAGAAGAACUUUACCAGACAGUACAUGGACAAUCAGGGACAUUAUUCUGUGUCUUGCAUCGUAUAUCAGAAUUAACAGAAAGUAAGAGAAUGGACUCCAGACUCUUAUCACUCAUUCUGUUGCUACACAUUCCAGACUCUCUAACAUUGGACCAUGUCUCUGUGACCUGUAAUGAAAUUUGUGCUUUGAGGGAGACUCAGGUGAUACUGAUAUGCUUUUAUUCGCACAUCAACAUCAAAACUGUGUUCUGGUUCAGUCAGAAACAGAGUACAAAUUGGAGAAACAAGGAAGAACCUGAAGAUUUGAAUGUAGACUCUGAUUACUCAGGACGAGUGAAACAUCAGAUCACAAACACACAUUCAACACUCACAAUAACAGACUUGAGACUGAGAGACUCUGGAGAAUAUCACCUCAUGUUCAUUAUGAAGGAUAGAGUUAAACAUCUCAGCUCAUCAGCAGUCAAUCUGACAGUCACAGAUCUACAGUUGAGAAUGAAUCCUGAAUCUACAGAGCAGAGAGAUCAAACAGUAAAACUGACCUGUGAUUCUUCCUGCACUUUGACCUCCACAUAUUAUCAUACCUACUGGAAGAAGAAUAGACAAAACUUAAAAUAUACAUCGUCCAAAAGCAUGUUGGUGUUAUCCAGAAAAAAUGCUGACAGCUAUUCCUGCUUUAUUGAUCAAGACUUUACAUAUCCCUCAUCUUCUGUGUGUGAGUGUGACAUUUACAUGAUAUUUAGCCUUAAAAGAGCAGAAUUAUAUUAGGGGACACUCGGGGCAAUCUUAACAGUAAAUUUCUUCAAUCACAAACACGCUAGAGUGAUAAAACGUACUCAGUAAAUGCUCAGUAAAGUUCCUCCUCGGCCAGAGAAAACAAGUGCCAUUGUUUCUAUUUGUUUCACUUUCUUCUGCUGUCUAAAAUUCUGAUGCCUUUGAAUUCAAACUAAUAUCUAUUUCAUCGCUACGCUGUUGGUUAAAUGUUAACAUGAAUGAUAGACGCUAACUCUAUCGCUGGUUGCUACCAUACAAGAUUGUAAAGUUGGGGCAAUUGUAACACUAGUUAUGAAGUAAAAAUUGUAAGCCAUCUAAUCUUAAAAUGUGUGGUGAACAUUAUUUCAACAAAGUAUCUAUUUAAAGCAGGGUCAUUUCUAGCUACAGUAUAAACGGUAUAAGUGGCCAAUUAGAGCCCCCGAGCCAACAGGCCAUUUUGGGU